AUGACCGUUUUCCGACCCGCCAUACUCUCUGCGUCUCUCGGCCGCGCCUGGGUCCACGAUUUUGACAAGAAGGUCACUGAGGCAGCAAAGUAUGGUUUCGAAGGCAUCGAGAUAUUCUACGAGGACCUCGAAUACGUUGCCAAAAAGCUCCAUGACAUCGAUCAGCCUGCCCCGGAGCACCUCCUUUUCGCCGCAGAGCAUAUCCGUAAGGUACUCGAAGAGCUGAAGAUCACAAUCAUCGGUCUACAGCCAUUCCUUUUCUACGAAGGUCUUUUGGAUAGAGAUCAACAUGCCCGACUCAUCGAGAAGAUUAAGCUGUGGUUCAAGUUGGCCAAGACCCUGGGGACCAACACGAUCCAGAUACCCGCCAACUUCCUCCCCGCCGACCAGCUAAUUGGUGAUAUGGAUGUCAUCGUUGCCGAUUUAGUCGAACUCGCAGAUCUAGGUCUCAAGGAAGACCCGCCCAUCCGGUUUGCGUACGAGAGUUUAUGCUGGAGCACGCAUGUCGACACAUGGGAGAAGUCCUGGGAGGUUGCCACGCGCGUCGACCGCCCAAACUUCGGCCUCUGCCUCGACACCUUCAACAUCGCCGGCCGCGUCUGGGGUGAUCCGGCAUCUCCGUCCGGGAAGACCCCCAACGCAGACGCAGACUUGAAGGCAUCGAUGGACAGGUUGGUGCAGAGCGUUGAUUUGGAAAAGGUGUUUUACAUCCAGGUUGUUGACGCCGAGCGGAUGGAACAACCUCUCGUAACAGGCCAUCCUUUCCACGUGGACGGCAAUCCGUCGCGGAUGAUGUGGUCGAGAAAUGCGAGAACGUACAUGUAUGAGACGGAUCGCGGGGCUUACUUGCCGGUUGAGGAGGUUGCUCGGACACUCAUUGAGGAACUCGGAUAUAAGGGGUGGGUGUCGAUGGAACUAUUCUCACGAACAAUGGCGGAAGAGCAUAAGGAGGUGCCUGAGGAGCAUGCGCGAAGAGGCAUUGAAGCCUGGAAGAAGCUUGUAAAGCGAUUCAACUUGAAUUGA